UUUUUCCUACACUUGUCUAAGUUGUCCAAAUAUCUUGUACCUUUUGGAAGCAAAUAAGAAAGGACAAAUACAAAGUGAAUUAUCAUCAUUAAUCCCCUCUUUGGGAUUUUGGUUGAUCAUCAUCAUCAUCUUGAUUUUUCAUUAAUUUUCAAGAAGAAAAAACAAUGAAAGAAAUAAGUGACAACAAUAUGGUGAAUGAGAUUGAAGAAGAAGGAGAUCAAGAGGAGAAUUUUUAUAAUUCAACAAGUGAUUUGUUUGAAAUUGAUCAUCAUAAUGGUGAAGUAGAAGGAAGUUUGUUUUCCUUUGACUUUCACAAUCAUGAGGAACAUGAUGUUGUUUAUGUUGUUGUUUGGAAUAAGAAUGUUAGCCAAGAGGAAUCAAGUAUGGAUGCUUUGCUUUGGACUCUCAAUCAUGUUGUGAUUAAUCCAAAUUCUACUAUUGUUUUCCUCAUUCAUAUCUUUCCUCAAACCAACUUCAUCCCUACUCCUUUGGGAAUGAUUCCAAUAGGCCAAGUGAAUGAAGAGCAGAAAGAGAACUACAUGACUAAAGAAAGAAGCAAGAGGAGGCAGUUCCUUCAAAAGUUUGUUGACAUUUGCUCUGCUUCCAAGGUUAAAGUGGACACUAUACUUAUUGAGAGUAACAUGGAAGCCAAAGCUAUACUGAACCUCAUUCCCAUCUGCAACAUAAGAAAGCUGAUUCUUGGAACUUCUAAAGCCAAUCUCAAGAAAAUCAAGUCAAGAAGAGGUAACGGAACGACGGAUGAGAUAUUACAAAAUGCACCAGAGUUCUGUGAAGUCAAGAUCAUAUGUGAAGGCAAGGAAGUUGUUGAGCUGCAGAUGUUUGAAUCACCUUCUCUCCAAUACUCCGGUGGCAGCACAAAGUCCAUUGAAGGCCAGAUCCAAAAUCAGAAUCAAGAAGUCCAGAAUGAUCAAUCCAUUGGAUGUGGAGGAUGUUUCAGAGCCAAGGCCAUGUCUUAGAUAUCAUAUAGCUCAUAGUAUCCUACCUCAAUGACUUGAAGGACGUAAAUUUCUAUCACCAAAUAACUGGUUUUCACAAGAA